AUGGGAGAAGGGGAAAAGCUGAAUGGGUGCUACGAGGCCCUGGAGGGCGGCAACACGGCCGAGGCGCUGGUGGACUUUUCGGGGGGCAUUUCGGAGCCCCUGGCGCUGGACGAGGGGGGCUUCGGCACGGACCCCGAGAAGCGGAAGGAGCUCUUCCAGCAGCUGAAGAAAGCCCACGCCCGGGCGGCUCUCGUCAGCUGCUCCAUCCGGGUGAGAAAAGAGGCCGAGGUGACGGAGAGGCAGCGCGGCGCAGUGGUUAGAGCGCUGAAAGAGACCAGCGUUCGAAUUAUCCUGGCGCUCACUGGAAACAGCUCUCACCCUGCAAAGAUGUCCGUCGGAGACGGUGGAAACAUGUGCUAUGCCAGCUGUCCUGCAUCCACAGUGACUAUACAGCCACCACCCUUCGUCCUAAAUAUCCCAGGACCAGCGCUCUACUGCCCUGACCAAAACUUUGGCAUUGAGCAAUACAACCCAUGCGCAGGCUAUGGCGGUGGAUAUGGAGGCAGCGGAGGAAUGGGGGGCCGUGCUAUUGGUAGCGGAAGCGGCAUGGGCAUAGGUGGUGGUAUGGGUGGAGGAGGAGGUUAUGGAGGCCUUGGUGGUGCAGGUGGUUAUGGGGGUGGAAGUAUGGGAGGCCGUGGGCUUGGUGGUUUAGGUGCAGGUGGCAGUCUGGGCGGUGGAGGAGGUUAUGGGGGCAUUGGUGGUGGUUAUGGGGGUGGAAGUAUGGGGGGCCGUGGUGGGGGUGGUUUAGGUGGAGGUAGCUUGGGUGGUUUAGGUGGGGGUAGCAUGGGUGGUAGUGGUGGCAUUGGUGGAUCUGGUGGACGUCGAGGCAGCAUAGGUGGUGGCACCGGGGGUGGACGUCGAGGCAGCAUAGGUGGUGGCAGCGGGGGCGGACGUAGAGACAGCAUAGGUGGUGGCAGCGGGGGCGGACGUAGAGGCAGCAUAGGUGGUGGCAGUGUGAGCGGACGUAGAGGCAGCAUAGGUGGUGGCAGCAUGGGUGGCGGUCUUGGUGGAUCUGGAGGUAGUGUUGGUGGUGGCACUGGUGGAAUUGGAGGCAGUCUGGGUGGUGGAGGAGGAGGACGCCGAAUCAGCGGGGGACGCCGAUACAGUGGCAGUGGUGGCUACAGCAGUGGCGGAUAUGGUGGCAGUGGUGGCUACAGCAGUGGCGGAUAUGGUGGAAGUGGUGGCUACAGCAGUGGCGGAUAUGGUGGAAGUGGUGGAUACAGCAGUGGCGGAUAUGGUGGAAGUGGUGGAUACGGAAGUGGCGGAUAUGGUGGAAGUGGGGGAUAUGGCAGUGGCGGAUAUGGUGGAAGUGGCGGAUAUGGUGGAAGUGGCGGAUAUGGUGGCAGUGGUGGAUAUGGUGGAAGUUGCGGAUAUGGCAUGGGCGGAUAUGGCAGUGGUGGAUACGGUAGCGGUGGAUAUGGUGGCAGAAGUUAUGGCACCAGAAGGAUUAUAUACUCUGGAGGCCGCAGAAGCGGAUAUGGUGGAGGCGGCUACAGCAGCAGGUCUUAUGGCGGCUCCUAUGGUGGAAGUUUGGCGCUGCUGCCUAGUACCGCAUGCUACACCUGCUACUGA